AUGAAGAUGAUUGUCCCUGAGAAGAUUGGCUUCUACUCUGGGAUCGUAAGCUCAGUAUUCGCUUUGGCAAACCUGCUAGGACCUCUACUUGGUGGCAUCAUCGCUGAUCGAACAACUUGGAGAUGGAUAUUCUUCAUGAAUGGCCCCAUAAUCGGUGUCGCAAUGGCAAUGUUGUUCUUCUCGAUGCCUGCAUUCGACGACGGUAGAACGAAUCUGCAACGCAUACGCCAUUUGGACAUUUAUGGUGGCAUCAUGUCUGUCUGCUGGCCUAUACCUCUCAUCUACGCCCUUCAGGAAGCCGGUGCGUCGCAUGCCUGGGGCAGUGGUGUUAUCAUCGGACCACUUGUAGCUGGAAUCGCUCUCCUGGUACUCUUUGGGUUGUAUGAGUAUUGGAUAUCGUCCAGAACGCAGAAAGCCCCCGUCUUUCCUGUACACUUUCUUCGGAAUGCAUCCAUGGCGUUGACUCUGUUAAGUCAGUUUCUCUUAGGAUUCGCAUUUUACGUUGUCUUCGUCCAGCUGCCACAACGCUUUCAGGGAGUGAACUUUACAAGCGCGGAGCGUGCCGGUAUCCUUCUGUUGCCUGCUACCGUUGUGACUCCGAUUGGUGCUAUGGCGUCUGGACUAGCAGUAAAGAAGGCACCAGUUGAGAUCGUUUUGAUUGGCUCGACCACGAUCGUAUGCGUUGGUAUUGGACUUCUAAGUAGUUUGCCGACCUACUCUCACCUGUGGCCUGGACUGUACGGUUACGAAAUCAUUACUGGUCUUGCUUUGGGUCUUGCAAGUCCGCCAUAUUUCGUGCUUGUCGCUACCUCAAUUCCAGAAAAGGACAUCGCUGUCGGUACCGGAGCGCUCAACAUGGUGCGGACGCUUGGCGGAUGUGUCGCCGUCGCCAUCUGCUCUGCGAUCCAUCGCGAGCACUUGAACACAGGGUUGUCCAGUUUUUUGAGUCGCGAGGAAAUCAGGGAAAUGCAAACUUCGACAUCGUUGAUUGCUCACUUACCGGAUGCGGCGAGGGAUCGUGUUGGUGUUGUCUUUGGUAACAGCUACAAUAGGCAAUUCCAAGUCAUGCUGGCGUUCACAGGACUCAAUGUCAUCGUCGCGGUCAUUUUAGCCAUCGUCAGAAAGCGAUCCGGGCUAUUCGGCCUCAUACCUGAAAGGAAAGAAGGGAAUGAGUAUGUGGAGGCUAAAAUCGACCAGAGCGGGCCCGCAUCGAGUGGAGCGCUGGCUCAAGAUACUUGCGGCAUCGAAUACGUUCUGUCGACGCUGUAUCGUAUCUUCUAG